GGGAUGUACUGGCCACAUGGUAACCUGGCAACCAAGGGGUUAAUGCAGGUACUGCUAGCCAGUGGUGACUGGCAACCUCACAGCAGCUGGGAAAAUAAAAGAACUGGGAAGUAGAGGGGUGGAGUGGCUGCCAGUGGAGCAAGCAAGCAACCUGGAGAAGGAAACUUGUUCCAGUAAGGUGCUGAGAAGCUGUGCAGAGACAACACCCAGACAAGGGAUGACUGGAUUUCCGGGCUGGAAAAGCCUAUAGAAACAAUGUGAGGUAGGAAGGAGUUCAGGGCACAGCAGGAGGAGUUGCUGAGGCCUGAUUCUGUGGUUUUAGGGUUCUGAGCUGGAACCCAGUGGAGUGGGCAGGUCUGGGUUCUCUGAGAGACUAGAGAAUGGAAAGAAUUUCCAUACCCUUGAGCACUCAGAUCAGCUGACCAUGCCAAGUAUAAGGGGAAAACCUACAUAUCUCAGUGGGACUGAGGCUAACAACCUCCAUGGCCCAGAAUGGGGCUACCACAGAGCCACAGGCAAGAGGAGCUGACUGACUGCCAUGCCAAAUCAAGUGACCACUGGUGCAAUGCUCUUUCUGGCCAAAGGGGGUGCUGUUGGAUUGGCGCAUCAGCUCACACAGCCAAAUGAUACUACUCCAAAAGAGAGAUAAUUGUUCAACCUAGCAUCAUCAUAUCUAAUCAUCAUCUUUUUUCCCCCUUAAAGGAUCCCAUACAUUCAGAAUCCAUCAAAAUAAAUGUUGGAAUACAAGAUUACAAAUACCUGGGACAGCACAGAGGUGAUGCAUGAGCCGGUGAUCAUCAGAUUUGAGGCAGGUGACCAAGGAUUAAUAAUGAAAGUGAAUUCCCUAUUCUUUGAUGACCCUUCUGCCCCAUCUGGUGAGCCAGGAAAGCCUUUUGAUGGACUCUGGGAUUAUGAAGUUGUUGAAUCCUUUUUUCUGAGUAGUGAGACUAAAGACUAUCUCGAAGUGGAACUUUGCCCGCAUGGACAACAUCUUGUAUUAUUGCUCUCUGGAGGAAACUGUUUUGAAAAAGGACUCGACUUGAUAUUUAAGGCAGACAUAAACUGGAACAAAUGGAAUGGCACAGCACUUAUUCCUUGGAGGUAUUUCCCACCUGGUGUUGACAAGAUGAAUUCCUAUGCCAUCCAUGGGUCUGGAAUUGGAAGAACAUAUGAGGCACUUUAUCCAAUACCUAGAGAGGAUAUUGAACCAGGACAGGGGCCUAAUUUCCAUCGUCUGGAGUAUUUCAAAAAGUUCAGUCUAAAGUGGAUUAUGGGAGAGAACUGGGAGCAACCUGCAUCAGACCUAUGGAAAUAGCUUAAUCAGUGUCUACAAUCAAGUAACUCUCUAAAUCACAAACACAGUUAUUAGAAAACAAAACAAACCAAACCCAAACAAAACACCCUUACCCCCAAAUUAUUUAAAAGUAUAUUUUCAAAUUGCUGGAAUUGUUGUAUUGUGUCACAGCUUCAAAUUGAUGUGGCAAUUAAAAUAAAUAAUUUA